AAUGUUUUUAAGGAGGUUUAAUUAAAAAAAAAAAGAGUUAACUCAUGGACUCUUUCCAGUUUUCUGAGAUUCAUGGUCCAGAAAAAUAUUUUAGUUAUGUAGGAAAAUAAAGUCAUAAUCCUACAAGAAUAAAGUAAUGAGAUUAAAGUUGUACAACAAGAAGUCAAACAAGGAUAAAGUCGUAAUAAAACAAAAAAAGGGUUGAAAUAACAUGAGAAUGAAAUCAUAAUAUUACCAGAAUUAAGUAAGAAUUUCUAUGCAAAAAAGAAAAUUAAAGCUUCCUGAUAAUCAUUUGUUUAGGUUUUACAAAUAAUGGCAAUUCAUUUUUAAAACACAUCAUAUUCAAAUUAUCAGAUUUUAAGAACUACAUCAAAAAUCUACUCUUCUGAAAACUUUACAGUUUUCGUCUGGUAUUAUUAUGUCUUUAUUAAUAAUAAAGUUACAUAAAAAGCUUUAUUUAGAGAUAUGAGGAAGUUUUUCAGAUUUUCAGGUAAAAUUAUUACUGGGAAUUUACCGCCCUCUAGUGGCGACAGUAGAAAAAGACAAAAAUAUGACAUGAUGCGAUAAAUUUUCACUAAAACCACAAAAACAGGAUUAACACUUCAUUGCAACGCAAUAUUAUCAUUUGUUUCUGUGAAGAUAAAGCAUGAGCAGCAAUAAAGUGGAGGCAACAAAGCAAUAUUUGCUGGAAAUCAACAACUUGAGUGUCAGUGGGAGCUCCAGCAGCGGCAGCCCACAUGAGGCAGAUAUUUAUAUCUGUCCCCAAAGAUGGCACUGGAGCGGACGGCGGAGGGCACUGCCGGGUCCGGCCCGGUCCCACCUGGACUGUUCACUCAGCAGGAGCUCAGAGCAGGCGGCCAAAGUUCGCCUGCAGCCCCUUGGAUCCCGACAAACAAACACAAACACGCUGAGCGGGAGGAUCCACGGGUUCAUCCCGUCUGAGUGAAGGAUGCACUGAUCAAACAGCUGGAGAGGAAUUUAAAACAACUGGACCGCAAAAAGGUUCUGUUUAUCACAGAACAAGACGUCUGUGUGCACUGCAGCAACUGUGAAGCAUGGUGGCAGUAGCAUCAUGCUGAGGGUUUGGUAAUUAAAUGCAUUUCUGGGUAAAAACCCACAAAUGUUAAACUCUAACCUCAAAUUAUAAACUGUUUAUAAAACAGAGUGCAGCUGAUUAGCAUUGCAAACGUAGCAUCCAAUAAUGCCUGACCUUUGACCCCGAAACCCAGAGGAGUUACAGAGGAGGAAGUUCAAACCAUCUCUACUGGGGAUUUUAAUCCCCAGUAACUCCAACGUCUUUCUGCUCGACUUUCUAGAAAGAUUUAAAGAGGAGCAGCAAAAGCAAAAGAGGUGGAUUAGCCGAGCUGAUGGUGUUACUAUGGAGCUGUUAGCAGGUCAUGACAGCUGUGAGUCAAAGCAAUGAUCUUCAGUCAGAGGCUUCUUGAGAUUCGUUGGAAGACUGACUGCUACUGGAGAUCCUUCCUUCUCACAUCUCUAAAGAUUCUCAGAUGAUUUUUUGACGUUUAAUUUCCAUUUGGGGAAGAAAACAAAGUAUUUUUGAAUUCUGUCAAGAUCACCUAUCAUGAUGCUGCCACCACCGUGCCAAACAGAUCAAACACAUUUAAAUUACAAAAGAAUAUUAAGACAUUCAGGAAAACAAUCAACUUUACUCCAAGUUUUCUUCACAAUAAAUUUUAGUAGAUUUUUAUCACAUUGCAUCCAAAACUUUAACAUAACUGGGAUUUUAUAGGAUAAAAAGAUAAUUGAAGCUUGAUUGUAAAGUGGAAGAACAAUGAGACAUUUUUAAUUUUUUACAGUCAAAAAUCUGAAAAGUGUGGCAUGCCUUUGUAUUCAACCCCUCUGAGUAGAAGCAGCUUUUUGUGUCAAAAGAUAAAAAUUUCCAAAAUAGGAAAAUGUUUCACCUGAAAAUAAUAAAUUUUAAUGUUUUUUUUUCUACAAAAUUUCUGUUUUGUUUUUUUUCUUGCAAAUGUUCAACUUUUCAAGCUCCAAUGUUACACAAAAAUACUCUAAAAUUUCUGAGAUGAAUCUGAACAUUUCUGCGCUAUUUUGGCAGAAAUUUACUCCUCCAUUUUUAUUUCUUCUGUCCAACAUGUCCCUAAUAGGCCGUCGUACUUUCCUGACGUCAUGAAAUCCCAGCAGUUUGCAGGUUUCUAGUUGUGGGAAAAGUUGAACCAGCAUGAAACCGGUGCAGUCUAAUUUAGACUCCAUCCUCCAGACCACAACAGGUGCCUCCACCUGUCUCCCCCCUUCCGCGGCGCGCUGGCCGUGACCCAGAAAGCAGCCGUCAUUCUGCAGAAAUGGUAUGCAGCCCGCUCGGUUCGGUCACCGGAUCGGCGGCAGCUGCUGAGCCCCGUCCCCCCCGGGGCUAUUUUCACCCGCCGGAUAAAGUGCCGCAGCUCGGCGGGAUUCGGCGCAGAGUAGCGGCACGAUGAAGUCCCGCACAGACGACUGCGCCUCCGAGCUGGACACCGACACGGACAGCUCCGAUGGGAAGUCCACGGGCGGCUGCAGUCCGCCCCGGGAGUCCGGGGAGAGACUGGAGGCGGAGGGCGGCUGCCCGGGCGCGGCGCGCCGGCGGCGGCGGCGCAGGAGCGGCGCGGGCAGCGGCAGAGACGCGCGGCUGUCCGGCGUCAGCAAACAGCGGCAGGCGGCGAACGCGCGGGAGCGGGACAGGACGCACAGCGUGAACACGGCCUUCACCGCGCUGCGGACGCUCAUCCCCACCGAGCCCGCGGACCGGAAGCUGUCCAAGAUAGAGACGCUGCGCCUGGCCUCCAGCUACAUCUCCCACCUGGCCAACGUGCUGCUGCUGGGGGAGGACUGCCGGGACGAGCAGCCCUGCCUCCGGUACCAGGACCUGAUCCUGCACGGCCCCGCGCCGCUCAGCGGCCCCUCCCUGCGGCCCAUCUGCACCUUCUGCCUCAGCAACCAGAGGAAACAGCUCAGAGAUGGAGGGAAACACUCCUCUUCAGUGUGAAACGAAGCGGCUCUGGACAAACCCUGAGUCCAUCUCAUGUUUACAGUCUAAACUUUGUAAAUACAUAUUUAUUUUUUUAACAUACUACAGGACAAAAAUGACUUUUUUGGGCGCUUUCUGUCCAGCGUGGUGAGCUGCUGAACCUCAGUGUUUUGACUGAGACGUAACCUGAGCCCGUGAGCGCAGCUGCACCUGACCUGGGGCUAUUUUGGUCCCCACCGAUAGUACAAACUACCCCAUGACCCACCACCACCAAGCGUACCUCCUAAAAACAAGCUGGUCACCUUCAGUGCAGUAGUUGCUGUCAGUUUACUGGUUUCUGCCAUCAGCAGUAAGAAGGCUGUCUAUUACUACUGCCUCUAGUGGUGGACGUCAGUAACUGCAACACUUACAGAACCAGGUAGUGAACUUUAGUCCCCAACAACCAUUGGCUGAAGUUCUCAACAUACUUGAUAAAUAAUUGGACACACUGAUAUUCUACCAAUCAACAAGCUACAAAACCACCAAUUGUAGGAGAAAAUCAAUUGGUUACCUAAAGAGACGGGUUGGUUGGCCUGUUGUGCCUUGCAGGAAGAAGGUUCUGGGUCUUCCUUGUGCCUGAGUGAGUUAUCUACAGGUUCCCUGAACAAAAACAUGGCUGCUAGCUUUAAUUGUUGCUCUAAACAAGCAGAGUGUCCAACUGUAGUUCUCCACAGCUACUAUCCAGCUUCUCCAACACACCUAUUUCCAAUGAUUGGCUUGUUACUAUUUGGUAUCUGUUUUGCAUUACUGCCAUCUACUGGUAUGGAGUGUCAUUACCAGGUCUUCUUCCUCUUGUGGCAUUUAGUUGGCGAUUCUAACAUCUACACCAAAUAAUUAAAAAAUGUUAAUUAAAUCCUUCCAACUAAGCCUAUACACAAAACACAAACCUUUCCCUAUAUUUCUAACAAUGUAGAAUAAUGUAUUCGACUGCCUCUUCCCGAUCACAAAACUCAUAAUUUCUUAUUUUUCUCUAUUCUAUAGAGAAAAAUAAGCUGUUCAGUUCAGUGUGUCCAAAACUGAGUUGAUUUUAUUGUAGAUGGAAAUAUGAACCUUCAGUUAUGCCUGCUGAAAAUAAUUCGACUGGGAAGCAAUGUAAUUAAAAAAUUACAUUGUGCUAACAAAAGGAAUGUGUUCAUGUGAAAAAAUGAAUGUGUUCAUGUGAAAGCAAUGGAAGUGAAAAGUUUAAACAAAUGAGUCUAUUCUUAACCAAAACGUCAAUGUAGCUAGCUAGUUAGCUACACUGAAGCUGGUGAGUUUUCAAUAUGGCUAGCUAGUUAGCUACACUGAAGCUAGCUACUUUUCACUGCGAUUAGACAGCAGGCAAUGCUGAAGCUAACUAAUUUUUGAGAGGCUAGUUAGCUUUCAAUAUAUCAAACUGGCUGCACUGAAGCUAGCUAGCUAGCUUACUAGAUGCAGUGGUAGAUUAAUUGUACAUUUGACUUGUAUGUAAAAGUCAUAUUUUUAUAGAUUAAGUAAAAUAUUUUCCAAAGUAUAAUCUAUGAGAGAGAACAUGUUCAAUAUCCAACAUGGCUCCCUCUAGCUAGCAAACAUCUAUUAUUUAAGAAAAGGCAGGUUUAUAACUUUGAUUCUGACACCAGAAACUCAGAUGUUUAUAAAUGUGACAUUUCUAUCGUGGAGAUUUUCUUAACCUGCUUCAAAUAUUUUUAUGAUUAGUCGUAACUUGAUUUCACUGCACACUGUUCAGACAUAUUAACCCAAAGUGUUGAAAAGUUUACUACUGCAAUGCUGCACAGUCACUUUAACAGCACACGAUGAGCCUUUUGCACUUUUAUAGAGAAUUUAAAAAUGUGAUAUUAAACUCAUGUGGAUCCCUUUGAUAUUUAUAAUACAGCACUAAACUAUUACUGGGAAAUUUUGCUCUCUACCUCAGAUCUGUGUUUUAAAUACGAAGGCCUACCUCUGAUCAAAAUUAGUAACAGGACUGUAACAAAUACUUGAAUGUCAGACACGUCUGUCCUUUGCACAUUGAAUGAAACUGCUUGAAGAAAAAUUUAUUUUUGUACGAAAAAAUAAACUUUAUCAACCUG